AUGGUCGACGAUGCCGUUCCAUUUGAUUCCCUCAUCAAGCCCAACCCGGAACUCCGCCAGUUACUGGAAGAGAUUGAAAGGGAGAAUUUUAGGCUUUCGCUGCUCAGUCAUGUCCAUAUCACGCAUGUCAAGAGAGUGAUCCGCCUUUUGGGUGUCGAAGAUCUACUCGAGGGCGCAAUAUACUGUGACUACUCCAAAGAGCCUUUGGUGUGCCGGCCACAGUCUGCCAUAUUUGAAACAGCUAUGAGAGUAGCAGCCAUCAAACGAUGUAGCGAUUGCUAUCUGAUUGAUGAUUCUUAUCGCAAUUGUCAGGGCGCAGAGUCGUUUGACUGGACCGCGGUGCAUUUAGUUGAAAAAGGCAUUGCCAAAGAACCAGUAUUCAGACAUCAAAUUCGAAGUCUUAAGGAAUUACGUGAGAUUUUCCCUGGUGGGUUCAAAGGUCAAGCCAACGGUUAA